UGGCCGGGCUAGGUGGCGGGUCCGGGGGGAUGAGCGACAUAGCGGCCAUGAUGGGAGGCAUGGGAGGAGGUGGAACCGGCGGCGGGGACAUGUUCGCCGGGCUGUUCGGGGGAGGAGGGGCUGCCGGUGGAGCAGACCCGUUCGCAGCUUUGUUUGGAGGAGGUGGGAAUAGCGCAGGUACUGGCGCAGGAGGCGGCAAUCCCCUGUCUUCACUCGCAGGAAACGGAGGUGCCGGGGGAGUUGGAGGCCAGGGGGCUGGGGCGGGAGGCGGCAUGGACAUCUUCGCGGGAAUGUCUGGAGGUUCUCCCGGUGUUGGGGGUUCAGGAGCGGGUGGCGCCGGGGCGGCAACAGGCCUAGGAGCGGCGGCAGGAAUGGCCGGUAUGCUGAAUCCAAUGGGACCGGGACGCCCGUUUAUCCCAGGCAUGACCCCAGCCCAGGUUUCUGACCUUAUGAACGGACGACCGGGUCCGGUGCCCAUGGACAUCGCUCAGGAGGCGUUGGCCCUACGUACCAUUGGGUGGACCCCGGACCAGAUCGCAGACACGCUCGGAGACAAGCUGCAGAGACGCUGGAGCAACCCACUGGCCGCUGCCGCCGAGAGAGCCGCUAUGGCCGCACUGACAAGGGGGGCUGCAGGUGGAGGUCCGGGCAUGGGCGGUCCCGCAGGUCGAAGAGCAUAAUGGAAACAUACUGCCUUGUGAUAUGUCCAUGUUUUACUUAUGUAAUCUCUCUCUCCCUUGUGGCAAAUAUGACCGUGUUCCAAGAUAUGAAAGAUUAGAAUAUUUCAUACGCUGUAAUGUUGGGUGUAUUUAUUACGGACAGGUUUACAUGACGUCCAUUUUGGGGUUAUGGAUCUCUACAAAAGUGUAUAUAGGACUUUUUUUCUUUUUAAACUGCAUUAAUUGUAUUCAUUUCUUGUACCUAUCUUCGAUAUAAUGAUUUACAUGUUGCUUAUUUAAAGUUUUUUUUUCAAAUGAUACACUACUCAUGUAUUUUUGCAGUUUUGCAGAUAUCUAAAAUAAUAACAAGCAUACUAAAAUUGUAUAAAACACUUUUAAUUACAAUGUCUUUGUAUUUAAUUUAUAUGGAAUAAAAUGAUAUGAACA